AGGGCACCCAUCGCCUCCCGCUGCGCGCGGAGCCACCGAGCCCUGUGUCUAGGUCGUUUGGGAAGAGCCUUGGAGAGUCAAGAAUAAAAUUGCAGGUCAAACAAUGGAUGAAUGGAAAAGUCGGCUUGUAAUCAAGAGCAUGGUUCCCCAUUUCGGCACGGUGGGAAAUCGUCAGGAGCCCAGAAAGCUCCAGGAAUCGGGACCCGUUAAAAGGAGACAGGAAGGAGACGAUUUCCAGUUUCCAGGCAUGGCUGAUGGGGGUUACCCUAAUAAAAUCAAGAGGCCUUGCCUGGAAGACGUUACCCUUUCUAUGGGCCCGAGUGCCCACCCCAGCACGGCCUGUGUGGAACUGCAGGUUCCUCCGCUAACGAUGAACCCCAGUGCCACAGCCAUGGGAGGAGCGGGCCAUUCGUUACCCCUUGAGACGAAUCCCAUGAACGGCAGCGUCAUGGGCUCGCCAUUCGUGGUGCCGCCGGCUGCAGAAGUGGGACUGAAAGGACCCCCUGGGCCCUACUAUGACAAAGCCAACAGCGUGCCGGCUGUGGACCAGGAACUUCAAGAACUCCUGGAGGAACUAACAAAAAUUCAAGAACCUUCUCCGAAUGACCUCGAUCUCGAGAAGAUCCUGGGCAGCAAGCCGGAAGAACCACUGGUCUUAGAACACCCGCAGGCGACCCUGGGUACCAAUCCCAAGCCUCCAGUGCAGAUGCCCCACUUGGAGAGCCUUGGUACCAGCAAAGAGUUUGCUUCGAGUUGCAGCCAGCUCACGGGGGCAGGGCCGUCGCUUCAAGUCCCGCCCUCCCCGGCUGGGAUCAGCUAUGGGAUCCCCCCGCCAAGUAAGCAGGGGGCCUCGCCCAGCUCUUCGGUGGCACAUGCCAAGAGCCAGGCCCCGGGGGUGCCCCCGGCCGCUUUGCCCCCAGUCCCAGUGCCGCAGUGGCAUCACGCCCACCAGCUGAAGGUGCUGGCGGCCAGCAAGCAGGGGUCCGCUAGUAGACCGCAGGCGCCCAGCCCCAGCUGGUCGGGCCUGCCACCUCCGGGCAUGUCCCCGUCUUACCGCCCGGUACCAUCUCCGCAACCGCCACCGCAGUUCAGCCCUCAGAGCCUCAUGGUGUCCUGCAUGGCGUCCAGCAACCUGCCGGGGAGCGCCUUCCAAGCCUCCCCCAAUGCCUUACUCGCCAGCCUGGCGUCCGGCGGCACCACUGCCCUGGGGCCCGCCAUGCUCUACACUCCUGAGAAGCUCCCCAGCCCUGCUCUCAGUCAGCAGGCGCAGUUCAACCCACAGAGCUCCAUCCUGGCCAACCUGGUGUCCUCCGGAGUCAAAAGUCCUCCAGGGCACCUGCUGUCCGCCCUGCCUGCCAGCAACGCGGGGCCCUCCCCCCCCUACCGGCCGGAGAAGCUCUCCAGCCCGGGCUUGCCGCAGCAGUCCUUCACUCCGCAGUGCUCCCUCAUCCGGAGCCUCACACCCUCUGGCCACCCGCUAACGCAGCCGCCGCCGCCGCCCCCGCCGCCCCGGCAGUCAACGAGCACCAUCUUUAAGCCCUUGACCAACGACUCAUCCAAAACCCUGAGCGUGAUCAUGCAGCAGGGGCUGCCCAGUCCCGGCCCUGGAAUCCCGGAGCCCUUUACCUUCGGCAACACCAAGCCCCUGUCGCACUUCGUUUCUGAGCCGGGCCCCCAGAAGGUGCCCCCUGUGCCCGCCACCUCUAGGCAGACGUCCCUGCUCCACUACCUGCAGCAGGCACCGCCGGCCUCUUCCACCACCACCUUGUCCACCGCUACUGCCACUUUGCUGCCACCACUGCCGCAGCCUGACCACUCAUCAUUCCUUCUGCACCAGAUGAUGCAGCAGCCCCAGCGCUUUCAGCGGCUGGGGGCGCGGGACUCCAUGCCUUCUCUGCCCAGACAGCGAGAGAAGCAGAGAUCAGGUCUUACGGCAAUGACCCCUGAACAGCGGAGUGCAUAUAUUGCCCAACAAAUGAGUCAAUUUCAAGCCGUCCAAGAACAAGUCACCUCCAAGUGUAGCCAGACUAAGGCAAGAUCCCCAUGUAGUCAACCCAUGAUACCACCCAGAGCGGGGCUCCUUCAGAACAAUCCGAAUCCAGCAAUGAUCCCACCCACCAGGCACCAGAGUCGCAAGGGCAUGGACAUGGCUUCGCUGACUCCGACUCCGGGCAAUCAACAAGGAAUUUUCAACCCUAACCCUCCAUUUCCCAUACCCUCACGCUUGGGCCAGAACCCCCCAGGCAGUGCCCGUCUGCAGAUUGCCAAGGCCAUCCCCCCAGGAGCGCCCCUGCCUGGGUUCUGUCCCAGACCCCUGGGCAGCCAGCUUCCAAGUCCCCACCAGCUCAGACAGCCCUGUGUGCCAAGAAAUCCUACAGAUGCCGCGUGGGUGGCGGCGGCAGCAGCUGGGACCACAGCGGUCUCCAGGGAGCCCCCUCUUAGCCACAUAGACCUUAGCAUCCGGCCGCACUUGGAGAGCAACUCGAUCUUCACCAAGGCGCCCACCAGAGCUCCGGUGGGAUCCCCAACAUUUCCAUCACAGCAAGCAGUUGUGCCCCCCAAUCAAGUGGCCCCAGGAGGCAGGCCUGGCCUGAAGGUGAGCUUCGGCCUUCUGGGCAACCAGAGUCUCAGGCAGAACCCAGUGCAGGGUCCCGUGCUGGUGUCCAGUGCCACCAAGUCCCUCCAGCAGGGCAUGGCUGGCUUUGGUCCUGUGAGUCCCAUAGAGGGCAUCGAGCCGCCAAGCUAUGUGGCUGCUGCCAUCGCCACCAGCCAGUCCCUGGGUCCAUUCAGCAGAAUGGGCUCCCCCCCUGAGCUGCCACCUUAUGACUUUCUGGCCCCGCCCCAGCCCCAACUCAACGGUGUGCUCUCAGCCCCUGACUACAGUGAGGUGGAUUUCAUUGACGCUCUCCUGAAAGGCCCCAGAGGGAGCCCCGAGGAGGGCUGGGUGUGCAACCUGAGGCUCAUCGAUGACGUUUUGGAAGAGCACGCUUCCGCUGCCGCUGCCGCUGCUGCCACCACUGCUGUCCCCCAGAGCGCAGGGGGGCUUUAAGUGCUCAUAGAAAUACCCACACCCACACCACUUUAGGCAGUGGCGUGCAACGCCAUAGCAAAUUCACCACCUGCCCCCCAGCCACGCAGUUGUUUCCUCCCUACGAUGUGAGUGGCACCCGCCUGUGCUCAUCCCUCUCUCUACCUGUGACAAAGUGGAAAGCUGGUGAUUUUUCAAGCUACCUGUACAUAUUUGAAAAUUUUGUAAAUGGUUUUCCUAAACGUUAAUGACAGAAGUAUUUAUACUUCAUUUUGUGACUUUGUAAAUAAAGCGACGGCUUUUGUUUCAGUAGAGUUGUGUUUAUUAUGCAUUGUUUGUGUUUAUUACACACUGUUGCAAAUACGCAGGCUGUGUAUGGAGCUCCAGCGCUCCCUUGUGAAGCCCCA